AUGGGUACAAUUUCUGUAUGGAGUAUGUUGGUAUCAAUUAUACCAUACUUUCUGUGUAUCAUAUCUUUCUUCAUACUCAUAGAACAAAUCACAUACAUCAAGAAGAAGAAAUCAUCACCAGGUCCAACAUUCAUCUUACCUUUCUUAGGUAGUGUAAUUCAACUUAUUAGAAACCCAACAAAAUACUGGGAAGAUCAAGCUAAAGCAGCUAAAGAAUCAAAUAUCGGCUUCUCAUCAAAUUAUAUUAUUGGUCGCUUCAUCAUUUUCAUUCAAAACUCCGAACUUUCUCAUAAAGUCUUUGCAAAUGUUCGUCCUGAUGCAUUUCAUUUCGUUGGUAAUCCUUUUAGUAAAAAAUUAUUUGGUGAGCAUAAUCUCAUUUUCUUGUCAGGUCAAGAACAUAAAGAUCUCCGCGGUCGAAUUGCUCCAAAUUUUACACCUAAAGCUUUGUCUACUUAUCUAUCUCUACAACAAAACAUAAUACUUCAGCAUUUGACAAAAUGGGCGAAUUUGUCAAUCCAAAAUGGUAAUAAACCACUAGCGUUGCGCUUUCUAUGUCGCGACAUGAAUCUUGAAACUUCUCAAGCCGUAUUUGUUGGUCCUUAUUUGAACGAGAAAUCUCGUGAGACAUUCGACAUCAAUUAUAAUAUUUUCAAUGAGGGAACUCUGGCACUACCAAUAGAUUUACCUGGUUUUGUAUUCCGAAAAGCUCGGCUUGCAGUUACUCUGUUAGUGGAGAUACUUACUAAGUGUGUGGAACAAAGUAAAAUGAAAGUACAAUCAGGGGAAGAACCAGUUUGUUUGGUUGAUUUUUGGAUGCAACAACUUCUAAAAGAAAUUCAAGAAAGUGGGUCUGAGUCACAUGAAGUGCCACAUUCCAGCAAUAUUGAAGUCGGUGGACAUCUAUUUGAUUUCCUUUUUGCAGCUCAAGAUGCUUCAACUUCAUCACUACUAUGGGCAGUGACCCUAUUAGAACAGAACCCAGACGUUUUAUUAAAAGUUCGGCAAGAAGUGAGUCGAAUAUGGUCCCCGAAGUCUGGCAAGAUAAUAACAGCUGAAAACUUGAGAGAAAUGAAUUAUACUGAAGCUGUGGCCAGGGAGGUAAUGCGAUAUAGAGCUCCAGCAACAUUAGUACCUCAUCUUUCUGGAGAAGAUUUUCAAUUAACAGAAUCUUACACAAUUCCGAAAGGCACCAUGGUAUUUCCUUCGGUUUUUGAAUCGUCAUUUCAAGGUUUUACUGAACCGGAACAAUUUGAUCCUGACCGGUUUUCUGAAAACCGUCAAGAAGAUCAGCUGUAUAAGAGAAAUUUUUUGGUGUUCGGUGCUGGUGCUCAUCAAUGUGUUGGCCAAAGAUACGCCCUUAAUCAUUUGGUGUUGUUUAUUGCAGUUUUCACGUCAUUGCUAGAUUUUAAGAGACAUAGAACGGAUGGCUGCGACGAUAUUGUUUAUGUACCUACGAUUUGCCCAAAAGAUGAUUGUUUGGUGUAUUUGUCUAAACGUUGA